AUGGAGCAAAGUCAACUCGGCGAAGGAAGUAGCCAGAACGAUGCGGCGAGAUUAGAUACAUUGCCGGAAGAUUGCAUCGCGAUGGUGAUUCAUCACGCCUCUCCGCGUGAUGCUUGCGUUAUGGCUUUGGUUUCGAAAACGAUGAAGUCAGCAGCUGAAUCUGAUAUAGUUUGGGAGAAGUUUCUUCCGACAGAGUACUCUUCUCUUGUUGUUCCUUGA